AUGGGCGAUGCAAUUCUGGAUGCGGAUGGUGAAACCUUGUCUAACCCAAACGAAGCUUCGGAAAAGAUCUCGGACCUUGCACAAGAAAAGCCAUACGUGACUUUGCUCAUCGAACCGGCGGAGGGUCCCAUUCAAAAGGCUCAAGUGCGGCAGGUUCUGAUGGCCUAUAACCAGAGCGAAGCUGAUCCGCCGGUGGCACCGGAUGUGAUCAAGCAGAAUACGAAAAGCUGA